AGGUAGCCUUCUUCAAGCAGCAAACAUAGACAUGGCAGUUCAAGGUCCUUUCCUGCUCUGCCUCCUAGCCUUGGCCUCCUUGUAUGCUUGCACUGAAGGUGCAAAACCGAGCCAUUAUUCGAUACAUUUCAACCGGAGUAGUUUUCCAACUGGUUUUAUAUUUGGAGCUGGUUCAGCUGCUUACCAGUCUGAAGGAGCAGCACAUAUCGAUGGCAAGGGACCUAGCAUAUGGGAUACUUUCACCCGGAAACAUCCAGAAAAAAUUUCGGAUGGUAGCAAUGGAGAUGUAGCCGACGACUUUUAUCAUCGUUAUAAGGGGGACAUAAAACUGAUGAAAACAAUUGGAUUGGACUCCUUCAGAUUUUCUAUCUCAUGGUCCAGAAUAUUACCGAGAGGCAAAUUAAGCGGGGGAGUGAACCCACAAGGUGUCAAAUUCUACAACAACCUCAUCAACGAGCUCCUGUCCAAUGGUAUCAAGCCCUUUGUGACUCUCUUCCACUUUGAUACUCCUCAAGCACUUGAAGAUGAAUAUGAAGGACUCUUAAGUCCCAGGAUAGUGAAGGAUUAUCUAGAUUAUGCAGAUUUGUGCUUCAAAACUUUUGGUGAUCGAGUCAAGCACUGGGUCACAAUGAACGAACCAAAUGGAUUAAGCAUCAAUGGGUACACCAUUGGUUCUUUUGCACCUGGAAGAUGUUCCAAGUAUGCCGGAAAUUGCACCACUGGUAACUCUGCUACUGAACCAUACACUGUCGCCCAUAACUUGCUUCUUGCUCAUGGAGCUGCCGUGAAAUUAUACAAGGACAAGUACCAGCCAUAUCAAAAGGGGAAAAUUGGGAUCACAAUAGUGACCCAUUGGUUUGAGCCGAAAUACCAAACAUCUUCUAGCCGCAAGGCCGCCUCUAGAGCUCUUGAUUUUUUCUUUGGAUGGUUUGCCCAUCCGGUUAUAUAUGGUGACUAUCCCGAGAGCAUGAAGUUUGCAGCUGGUAAUCGAUUGCCAAAAUUCACUGAAGCUCAAUCCAAGUUGCUAAAAGGGUCCCUUGAUUUUCUUGGUGUAAACUAUUAUACCACAAAUUAUGUAGAAACCGCUCCCUCAGCCAAUGGUGUCAACGUCAGUUAUGUUACUGACAGACAAACCACUCUCACUACUGAAAAAAAUGGGAUUCCUAUUGGUACUCUGACUGCUCUGAGCUGGCUUUUCAUCCAUCCGAAGGGACUCCAACAACUAUUGUUAUAUAUAAAAGAAAAAUACAAUAAUCCCGUUAUAUACAUAACGGAGAAUGGAAUGGCUGAUGCAAAUAAUAGCUCUUUACCAAUUAAAGAUGCCCGCAAGGAUAGUUUGAGGAUCAGAUACCAUCACGGGCAUUUAUCAUAUCUUUUAAAAGCUAUCAAAGACGGUGUAAAUGUGAAGGCCUACUAUGCGUGGUCUUUUCUUGACGACUUUGAAUGGGAUGCCGGUUACACCGUUCGAUUUGGCCUCACUUUUGUGGAUUAUAAGGACAAUUUGAAAAGAUACCUCAAGUAUUCUGCCUAUUGGUUCAAGAUGUUCCUCCUCAAAUAAGCUGUAAGAGGAUGUUUCUCGAUCCUAAAAUAAGAUGUGACUCUGAGAAGGUGAAGUAAAUAAAGAGAGAAAAUCGUCUUUCACCAUCCUACCUUUAUGAUUUAUUUGUUAGACGUUUCUUUCUUUUAUA